CCUCUUCCUCUCUUCCCAGUUCCAGCCGUCCGUCGAGCUUCGGUUUCUUUGGCUUUCUUCAUACCUAUCCCUGUUAUCUCCAUUGACCAACCUCGACGGCCUUCCUCCCGUCGACCACCACCGGACGCCUCGUAUUCACGGCUUUUCAUUCUUGCACGAUUGACUUUGUGGAUUGGCAGCCAUGGCCUGCUCACUUUGACUUCGAAAUCCUUGGCCACAGUAUCUACUGGCUUCAGGGAUAUCGAAGUCGUCCUCAAAGCCGUGCGUUUGGCUGCUUUCGGUCAAAGGAAGGGGGGAAAAAAAAUUGAAAAAGAAAAGAAAAAAAAAAAAAAGACCAUCUGCAGCUCGCAUUGACAUUGUCUGCCAGUGCACCGUUGUCCUGACGACCGAUUUCGUAAUACGCUCCCUCUGACACUUCUUCUCUCCACGGACACCAUUUCGUCGUUAUCGUCCAUCCUCUCAAAUACUGCGCUGAGGACUAGACUAUAAGCAUUCUUCUACCAAGUUGGAAGCAUGGAGCAAUCGUCGCCGCUGGCUGCUAUGCAGCCUCCUUCAGUGAUGCUUCGGCAUCAUUUCCGUUCAGAGGCUAAGGCAGGAUGUUCAUCGUUUCCUGCUGUGCGAAAGUUUGGGCCGGAUAGUUUUAAUUUUAGGGAUCUGUCCAUGAAGACGGGACACUCCGAUUAUUUCAACACGAAAGCUUUGAGAGGGUCUUCUCCAACAGUUAGCUUGGCAGCUGACCUUUCUCAGAAUUUUCACAUUGAUAAAAGUCCUCAGCUAGCAACGCCCCGAAGAUCCCUCUUCACGGCGAGCUUGUUUGGUCCUGAAAAUGGUCGUGACAACAUGACCACACCCCCGUUACCAUCGUCCUCGCCUGCCCCGAAUAUGGAAAUCAUGGAUAUGUCUCCUUUGCCUCACAAGAUACCAUACUGCCAUAACGCAGACUUGGAUCUAGAUUCCCCCACGACUGAGAUUUCUUUGGCGAAGUCGCAGCAAGUUCAUGCACAGCUUUCGUUAGAUGAUUCACCCAUGGACCUGGAACCGCCUGGACGUCCACAGAGACACAAGCCACCCAUUCUGAGGCCUUCUUUGAUGCGUUCUAAAGCCUACUCCUCUGGUGAUAAGGGCUCACUUGCGCCCCAACCACCACCCUUUAGAUUCGCAGCUGGCAGCAGUAAGCCGACCGCUUGUUCGUCUCUUUCUCUUUCUGAGAUGUUUGAACAAUCGCCUCCUCGAGAAUCGUCCCCAAGGUUUUUGACGUCUAUUUCAAUGGGCCCACCCCGUCCCCGUGCUCCUUUUUCUGGUGUGGUCGGGCAAUGCCGAUCAAAUGGCUCACCAGUAAACGGUAUACGCAAGAGCUCCAAUCCCUUUUGCCGACCUAGGAAACAAAGUAGAAGGUCACUCAGCAUGUUCGAGCACCCCGAAGAUGUUGUGAAUCAGGAAGAGGACACGAUCAUGUUGUCCAGCCCGGGUCUUCAACCCAUCGCGGAUAUUGACAGCCAACCAACACUACAUCUGCCGCAUUUUAUCCCAGAAGAUGGACCGGACCAGCUACCUCGCGUGGAGAGUAGUGUCUUAGUCGACAUAAUUAAUGGUAAAUAUAAUGAUUGCUAUGAUAAAAUAAUGAUCAUUGAUUGCCGUUUCGAAUAUGAGUACGAAGGUGGACAUAUACAUGGAGCUGUCAAUUACACAGACAAGGAACAUCUUGCCGCGGAACUCUUUGAUCAAGAGCCGAAACCAAGUACGGCUUUGAUAUUUCACUGUGAAUACUCCGCUCAUCGCGCUCCCAUCAUGGCCAAAUAUAUUCGACACAAGGAUCGUGCAGUCAAUGUUGAUAUAUACCCCAAGCUGACCUAUCCGGAGAUGUAUAUUUUGAAUGGUGGAUACAGCUCAUUCUUUGCAGAGCACCGUGCUUUAUGCUACCCGCAAAACUAUGUUGAAAUGUCAGCCAAAGAACACGAGUUCGCUUGUGAGCGUGGACUAGGCAAAGUCAAACAACGCUCCAAACUUUCUAGAGCCCAAACUUUUGCAUUCGGACAGAAUUCGCUUCAGAUUGAAGAAAGUCCGACUGGACGAUGCCGGCCUGUCGGUGAUCGUAGCUGUGACCCUGAUGCACCCUUUGACCGCGACGUCGAGGUUACGCGGCUUCCUGGACGCCGCAUGUUCUCUUAUUGA